AUGUCAAUUCUUGAAGCAUGCUCAAAGUCGAAAACUUUAAUUGUGUUUAGGUUGUGAGGCUCUUCUAGUAAGAUGCACUCAGGUCUUAGUGUCCUAUGCAUUAUGUUAUGCUCAUGCAUGAAGGAAACCGCAAGCAGAAGUUGCUCUGUUACUUUUGCUGCUUUAGCUUCUGGAAGGCACUUUCCUUCUGGAAUUUCGCUAGAAAGAUCACCUCCAGAGCAAAGCUCGUAA